AGCAGCGGGGCUCAGGGCGCAGGCGCAGUCGGCGUGGCGCCCCCUGGCGGCCCCAGCCCGUCCGGUGACCGUCGCCAUGGAGCAGCCCGAGGCGCCAGCAGUGAGUCCCAAUGAGGUGGCCGCGGCGUCGGCGGCGUCCAGGAAAAGGGAGAUCAGCAUCUCGGAAGCGGAAAAGCGGACGGGCCGGACCGCCGUGAACCUGCAGGAGACCUACACGGCCUACCUCGUGGAGACCAGGUCGGCGGACGGGCAGGGGACUUUAUCGGACGCCGUCUGGAGACGCUACAGCGAGUUCGAGCUUCUCCGGACAUACCUGGUGGCCCAGCACCCCUACAUCGUCGUCCCGCCGCUGCCCGAGAAGAGGGCGGAGUUCGUUUGGCACAAGCUGUCGGCCGACAACCUGGACCCGGAGUUUGUGGAGCGCCGCCGGGCCGGGCUGGAGAACUUCCUGCUGCGCCUCAACGCCCACCCCGUCCUCACCGACGACCCCGGCCUCCUCGCCUUCCUCACCCAGGAGACCUCCUGGAAGGAGACCGUGAAUGAAACCGGAUUUCAGUCCAAGGCUGACUCGCGGCUCCGGGCGCUCAGUGCCACCUACAGAGUGAGGAACCCCGACAGGAGGUUCACCGAGCUGAGACACUACAGCGACGAGCUGCAGGCCGCCAUCACACACCUUCUGCGGGUCCGAGCCCGGGCAGCGGACCGGCUGUAUGGCGUCUACAAAGUGCACGGAAACUAUGGGAGAGUCUUCAGCGAGUGGAGCGCCAUCGAGAAGGAGAUGGGGGACGGGCUGCAGAGCGCAGGACACCACAUGGACGUCUACGCGGCCUCCAUCGACAACAUCCUGGAGGAGCAGGAGCUGUACGCCGACCAGCUGAAGGAAUACCUGUUCUACGCCGAGGCCUUGAGGGCCGUCUGCCGGAAACACGAGCUCCUGCAGUUGGACCUGGAGACGGCCGCCCAGGGCCUUGCCGCCAAGAAGCAGCAGUGCCAGGAGCUCACUACGGGGACGGUGCGGACCUUCUCCCUUAAGGGGGUGACCAGCAAGCUGUUCGGCCAAGAGACGCCGGAGCAGAGGGAAGCCAAGGUGAGGGCCCUGGAGGAGCAGAUCGACGACGGGGAGGACCAACUCAAGUCCAAGAACCUGGAGGGCAGGGAGUUCGUGCAGACGGCCUGGGCCGACAUCGAGCGCUUCAAGGAGCAGAAGAACCGCGAUCUGAGGGAGGCGCUGGCCGGGUACGCCCUCAUGCAGGUCGCCAUGUGCAAAAAGGGCAUCCAGGUGUGGACCAACGCCAAGGAGUGCUUCGGCAAGAUGUAGCCGGAGGAGCCCCCGCCCCGGCCGGUGGGCACCUGCUCUGCCCGCUCUGCCUGCCCGCCCUGCCCACCCCGGGGGCCCUC